AUGAGAGUGUAUCUUGAAGGGGACGCAACAGCGGAAGAGUUUUUAUCGAUGCUUCUAUCAAUUGGAAACGGCGAACUGACUGCUGAUGAGAGCGGACUGGUAACCAUACCACCCGGAUGUGGAGAAUUAGUUAACGGUGUAGAGGCAAUUAGCGGAAAAGUCUUCCCCAACUUGGAUUAUCCAACCGACUUCCUAAAUUCCUUAGAUCUUUCUGGCAUGCCACCGCAUAAUCUUAAAUUGAAAGUGGGGUGCCCGGUUAUGCUUCUCCGAAAUCUGGAUGCUCCCGAUCUUUUCAAUGGAACACGACUCAUCAUUAAACAGAUUUUACCGCACGUUCUUGAAGCCACCAUACUGACAGGACUAGCUCAAGGAAAAGACAUCUUUAUACUAAGAAUACCACUCAUACCAUCGGACCUUCCCUUUCAAUUUAAACGACUGCAGUUUCCACUAAACGUUUGCUUUGCAAUUUCCAUCAAUAAAUCACAAGGUUAA